CUCCAGUUGCUGGGUGUAAAGUGAAUGACGAUGCUCUGUGAAUGAUGUUUGUAGUCGUCUUGUAGAUGUCUUUGAGUAACGUUACAGCGAAGAUGUCAAGAGCAGAGGCAUAGAUGAGUCACCGGACAACUCUGAAGACAAGCUUUUAGUAAACUAAUCCAUCAUGAGUGCCCAAGUGGAGGCAGAUAUCCGCACCAUAUCUCCUGAGAUGCCGGCCAUGUUUGAUGGCAUGAAGCUGGCUGCUGUAGCCACGGUGUUAUAUGUCAUAGUGCGGAGCCUGAACCUGAAGUGUCCCACCGCAGCACCUGACAUCACCUGUCAAGACACCCCUCUCAAUCGCUACCUGCUCAAGUCUUGUCCCAUUCUUACCAAAGAGUACAUCCCUCCCUUGUUAUGGGGAAAGAGUGGACAUCUCCAGACUGCUCUUUAUGGGAAGAUGGGAAGGGUAAAGUCCCCUAAACCUUGUGGGCUGCGUAAGUACCUGUCUAUGCCAGAUGGAGCCACUGCCACCUUUGACCUGUUUGAGCCACAAGGCGUCCACAGUACAGGAGAAGACAUCACCAUGGUGAUCUGUCCUGGGAUCGGUAACCAUAGUGAGAAGCAUUAUAUACGGACCUUUGUGGAUUACUCACAGAAACAAGGCUACAGGUGCGCUGUGCUCAACCAUCUUGGAGCACUACCAAACAUCGAGCUGACUUCCCCAAGGAUGUUCACCUAUGGUUGUACCUGGGAGUUUUCAGCCAUGGUGUGCUACAUUAAACGCACAUUCCCACAAACUCAGCUCAUCGUGGUGGGCUUCAGUCUGGGAGGGAACAUCGCCUGCAAGUACCUGGGUGAGAAUCCAGCCAAUCAGGAGCGAGUGCUGUGCUGUGUCAGCAUCUGCCAAGGAUAUAGUGCUUUGAGGGCUCAGGAGACAUUUCUACAGUGGGAUCAGUGCAGGAGACUAUACAACUUCCUCAUGGCGGACAACAUGAAAAAAAUCAUUCUAUCUCACAGGGCAAGUUUAUUUGGUAUGAGCUCUAGCAAUAUGGAGGCUGCCGACCUCAGCCAUCUGUAUACAGCCACUUCCCUCAUGCAGAUUGAUGACAACAUUAUGAGGAAGUUUCAUGGACACAACUCCCUAAAGGAGUACUAUGAGAAGGAAAGCUGUGUGCGUUAUAUUCACAAUAUCAGCAUUCCUCUCCUCUUGAUGAACUCUUCAGAUGAUCCAUUAGUCCAUCAGUCACUGCUGAAGAUACCUCGCACACUAGCAGAAAAGAAGCAAAAUGUGAUCUUCGCUCUGACACUACAUGGAGGUCAUCUCGGCUUCUUUGAAGGUGCUGUUCUUUUUCCUCAACCUCUUUCCUGGAUGGACAAAGUCAUAGUCAGUUAUGCCAAUGCUAUCUGUCAAUGGGAGAAACACAGGCCACAGUGCCAGCAGGCAAAAUAAUGCCUUGUGCAAAACUAAGCAUAACACUUGAUGGUGUUCUUGUUUUCUCUGACUUGAGGUUAGAUGAUGGUUUCUAAAGGUCUGACUCACUAGAGCUUGCUCUGACCUUCAAGCAGGAAUUUGAGAGAAAGUGUAAUUAAUUACACUUACCAUAAGUUGAGUCAGAUGUCAAUGGUGUAUCACUACAAAGCCUGGCAAACUGUGCAGAGGUAUUCAUAAAAUGUUUUUGAAAAAGGUUAUAGUGAACCUUGUGGAAAAACACAUACUUGGUAAGAGAAGAUGGUAAAGAGGUGUAGACUACUAACUGUUGUGUAACUAACACUAAGUUCACCAGAUGUCAUUUACAUACAUUUUUCUAUACUAUGAUGUCAGCAAAUCUCGAAUAAUAAUUCAUCAAAUCACCUUUGUGAGAUGUUACAUUUUUGAUUAGUUUAGAAAUUGUUAAUAUUUAGUGAUGAAAGUUCAGUAGAAUUUGAACAUUUCCACUUACAUUUGCUUUUGAAUAGUGUGUCAGGUUGCCUUAUGUUAUAUUGACACUUUAUUCCAUGCUACUUUUAAUUGUAUCUUUUUAUUGCUGCUUCAGGGCCACAGUUAUUUUCAUUAAAAAUGUAUUUAAUAAAUAGUUUCCUGUAGAUGGAGGUGCGAAGCAAUAAUCUGACAAUGUGUCCCAUUUAUUGUUGUCAUUCUCUGUUGUUAUACAAGACAAACAUGGCAAAUGAUUUACUUUUAAUGUAAUAUUAAGUCGAAAUAAGAACAAUGAAAGUGUUUUAUUGCACUCUAGAAGUAGAUUAGCUCUCUCACAUAUCACGUCUUGAAUUUUCAUUAAAUAAUAACCAUUUAAAAUCCCUUCUUGACAGUAGCUAACAACUGGAAUCAGACAAUAUCUAAUCUUAACAUGUUUAUUUUUAUU